AUGUUGGGGCCCGGGGGAAAGAGGAGAAGCGCUUGAGGCGCCGGGCGAGGAGCGGGAGCGGGGUCUGCUCGGGGCUGGAAGGAACCCCGCCCCUCCCGCCUGAGCGGAUCAUGACCUGGGCGGCGGCGGCGGCGGCGGAGGUCGCGGUGGGGGGAAGAGUGCCCCGGCGGGGCCGGUGCUAGAGAUGAUGCCGUUUCCAGUUUCCACCCAGGGAUCACAACAGACAGGGUCGCCUCAGAAGCACUAUGGCAUCUCGUCCCCUAUCAGUCUAGCAGCCCCUAAGGACACUGACUGCGAGCUUACCCAGAAAUUAAUCGAAACCCUGAAGCCUUUUGGGGUGUUUGAAGAGGAAGAGGAACUGCAGAGCAGGAUUUUAAUUUUGGAAAAAUUAAAUAAUCUGGUAAAGGAAUGGAUACGAGAAAUCAGUGAAAGCAAGAGUCUUCCACAAGCUAUAAUUGAAAAUGUUGGAGGAAAAAUUUUUACGUUUGGCUCUUACAGAUUAGGAGUACAUACAAAAGGUGCGGAUAUUGAUGCCUUGUGCGUUGCACCAAGACAUGUUGAUCGAAGCGAUUUUUUUACCUCGUUCUAUGAUAAAUUGAAGCUGCAGGAAGAAGUAAAAGAUUUAAGGGCUGUUGAGGAGGCAUUUGUACCAGUUAUCAAACUUUGUUUUGAUGGGAUAGAGAUUGAUAUUUUAUUUGCAAGAUUAGCACUGCAGACUAUUCCAGAAGAUUUGGACCUAAGAGAUGACAGUCUGCUUAAAAAUCUAGAUAUUAGAUGCAUAAGAAGCCUAAAUGGUUGCCGGGUAACUGAUGAAAUUUUACAUCUAGUACCAAACAUUGACAACUUCAGGUUAACUCUGAGAGCCAUCAAAUUGUGGGCCAAAUGCCACAAUAUCUAUUCUAAUAUAUUAGGUUUCCUUGGAGGUGUUUCCUGGGCUAUGCUUGUAGCAAGAACUUGUCAGCUUUACCCAAAUGCAAUAGCAUCAACUCUUGUACGCAAAUUUUUCUUGGUGUUUUCUGAAUGGGAAUGGCCAAAUCCAGUGUUACUGAAAGAGCCUGAAGAACGGAAUCUUAAUUUGCCUGUAUGGGACCCGAGAGUAAAUCCCAGUGAUAGAUACCAUCUUAUGCCUAUAAUUACACCAGCAUACCCACAACAGAACUCCACAUACAAUGUGUCUGUUUCAACCAGGAUGGUCAUGAUCGAGGAGUUUAAACAAGGGCUUGCUAUCACACAUGAAAUUUUGCUAAAUAAGGCAGAGUGGUCCAAACUUUUUGAAGCUCCAAGCUUCUUUCAAAAAUACAAGCAUUACAUUGUACUUUUGGCAAGUGCACCAACAGAAAAACAACAUCUAGAAUGGGUGGGCUUGGUCGAAUCAAAGAUCCGAAUCCUGGUUGGGAGCUUGGAAAAGAAUGAAUUUAUUACACUGGCGCACGUGAAUCCACAAUCAUUUCCAGCACCCAGAGAAAAUCCUGACAAGGAAGAAUUUCGUACAAUGUGGGUGAUUGGGUUAGUGUUAAAAAAGCCAGAAAACGCUGAAACUCUCAGUAUUGACCUCACCUAUGAUAUCCAGUCUUUCACAGAUACAGUUUAUAGGCAAGCAAUAAAUAGUAAGAUGUUUGAAAUGGAUAUGAAAAUUGCUGCAAUGCAUUUAAAAAGAAAGGAACUUCAUCAGCUACUACCUAAUCAUGUGAUUCAGAAAAAGAAAACACAUUCAACAGAAGGUGUAAGAUUGACAGCUUUGACUGACAGCAGCCUUGACUUGUCUGUAGACAAUGAAAACACUAUGUCUGUGCUUUCACCUACGAGUGUUAUGAAGACUGGCCCAUUGACUGGCAGCUCUCAGGGCAGAAAUAGCCCUGCCCUGACUGUAAUGGCAGCAUCUGUGACCAGCAUACAGGCUACUGAAGUUUCCUUGCAACAGAUGAAUCCCAAUGAAAGCUCAGGGAUUGCAUUGAUUGAAAGCAUUCCUCAGGUUGCAUCACAGACUGCCAUUCCUCCACCACCAACGCCCAUGGUUGCCAGAGUUGUUUCUUCAACGUGUCUGGUAAACCAUCCACCCAGAGCUUCAGGAAAUGCAACCACAAAUAUACCUAAUCCUAUAGUAGGAGUCUAGAGGACACAUUGACCUCAUGA